AUGACGAAUCGCAAGGACAACCUAACGCUGCCGUCGGCCGGCAGCAGCGAACAACCCCUGAACACCAGCGAACGCAAAAUCACAUUCGACACAAAUAUCCCGGACGAGUCGGACAACUGCCUCGGGCCACAUGUGGCGUUCAGCGAGGAGUCGGUGGCCAUCGACACCGGCAGCAAAAUGGGCCGGUUCUCGAGUUCGCGCGAGAUUGCGGAGCUCACCGAAGAGACCGUGGAUCAGGACGAUCGCGAGGGCUGGGACAACAAGAUGCAGUUCAUGAUGGGGGUUAUCUCCUACGCAGUUGGACUGGGGAAUGUCUGGCGUUUUCCGUAUCUCUGUCAGAAGAACGGAGGAGGUAAGAAUGGGAAGGUUGGGGUAAAAUACGAGUAUUAAAUCUACUUUUAUAGUUUAUGAGUAAUUGAUUUAUCACCAAGAUUCUUUAAGCUCCCAAAAUUUUAAGAAAGUCCCAAUACUGACUUUCCAAUCCCUCGUAUCACAACUUUCCUUACACAAAAAUUAUUGUCCUCCCCAACUACUGUAAUAUCCCAAAAUUCCAGGCGCUUUCCUAAUCCCCUAUGUGAUCAUGAUGGUCCUGGAAGGCAUGCCCUUGUUCCUGAUUGAGCUCGGAAUUGGCCAACGUCUUCGAACGGGUCCAGUUGGCGUCUGGAAUGCCAUUCAUCCAUACCUCGGCGGAGUCGGAGUUUCGGCGGCCGUUGUCUCCUACCUGGUCGGUCUCUAUUACAAUGUCAUCCUCACCUGGUGUAUAUACUAUCUUUUUCAAUCGUUUUCGCUCGAACUUCCGUGGACGGUAAGUAAUAGAUUUCAGUUCGAGUAACGCUCUUACGAUUAGAUAUGUAUAUUGUAAUAAAACUUAAAUUAUUUCUACUGUUCUGGUUAUAGAAUUGCCCCAAACACGACAAUGGAACAGUCUAUUUGGAAUGCGCCAGGUCGACGACGCCAACGAAUUAUUUCUGGAAUCGAGAAGCCAUCAACACCUCGGAGUAAGUUGUCUUGAAAUUUACUGUUUUUGGCGUUUAGGAAACCAAGUUCUCAUUGAGAAAAAUAUGUUUUUUGAACGACGGCAUUCGAGUGACUUUUCGACUUAUUGCUGAUUCAAAAAUUCUGAGGACAUAUACAAGAUUUUUACAGUCAAAUCGCUGUAAAACUAACCUCAAGGUACCAAAAACAUUUAUUUGUCAAUUUGUUGGUCCAAUUUAACCCAAACUUGACCCAUGAUGACUAUAAAAUUGUCAAUGAUUGAUAGAUUUCGUUACACAAAAGACCGUUGCGAAGAUUUUUCGCUCUAGAUCUUUUGUAAUGGUCUUACAAUUAGAGCUUUUUUAAAAGCUAAAACCCCCAAAACUAAAAAAAUAUCAUUUUUCAGCGACAUCGGAGACAUGGGCGGCUUCACGAUGCACAUUACCAUCUGUCUUGUAUUGGCUUGGACACUGAUCUACUUGUGUGUUAUGAAAGGAAUCAAGAGUAGUGGAAAGGUCAUGUAUUUGACGGCUACUUUCCCCUACGUCGUCACCACAAUCUUUCUUUUCCGUUCACUUAUGUUGGAAGGAGCUUUGGAUGGGCUGGUUUACAUGUUUACUCCUGAUGUGAGUUAAUUUUAAAGAGUUGAAUUUUUUGGAAUAUUCAAAUUUUGAAAUUAAGAUUUUUUUACAAAAUUUGCUUUUUCAGACGAUUUUUCGGCUUUUACAUAGAAAAAAAUUAAAUUUUUGAAAUUUGGAAAUAUGCAAAUUGUAAUCUUGAAAUUUGCAUAUUAUUGAAAUUUCAUUAUUUGAUUCUGAAAAUAAUUUCAGCGUUUUCUGAAAAUUUAUUUUUACGGUUUUCACAAUAAAAUUAUUUUAAUUCGAAUUUGCAUAUUCAAAUUUUUGUACCUGCCAUAAUUUGCCUAUUUUUUCAGCUGACCCGUCUCUACGAUCCCGAAGUUUGGCUUGAGGCCGCAACUCAGAUCUUCUACAGUAUGGGUCUUGGGUUUGGUGGUCUGAUCGCAUUCGGAUCCUACAAUCCGAUCAAGAACAACUGCAAAAAGGACACGCUUCUAUUGUCAGCCGCGAAUCUGGUCACCUCCUUGUACACGGCACUAGUCAUUUUCUGCGUUUUGGGAUACAUGGGACAUACCAACUAUCACAAGUGCAUUGAGGAGUAAGUUGGGGGAGAAAGGUGAAGAAAAAUUUAUAGCGAGGUUUUCUGAUGUAAAAAUUGACAAAAGAUUCUUUAUUUUUUCUAAACUUGAAAGUAAAAUACGAGCAAGCAUUGUUGGUUUCUGUCUGAAAACGCAAGUAAAACUCCGUUAUAGUCAUCAAAAAUCUUUUCAGAGACAUGAUGACUCUCAUGAAAACCUACCCCGGCCAUUUCGCCUCACUCGACGAGCUCCGCGGCAACAUUUCGUUGGACGAAUACAUCUACCAGAUGGAGCAUCAUUUCCAUUUGUCCGAAUUCCCAAAAAUGGCCAAUCUCACGCAAUCCUGCAACUACAAGCAAAUCAUCGCGCAAGCGGCGGAGGGUACCGGUCUUGCAUUCGUGGUUUUCACCGAAGCCAUCCUGCAAUUCCCAUUCCCCCCAAUAUGGGCCAUAAUGUUCUUCAUGAUGCUGCUGAUGCUCGGUCUUGGCUCCAUGUUCGGCACCCUGGAAGGAGUUAUCACCUCGCUGAACGACAGUCAUCUCAUCAACCUCCGGAAACCCGUAAUGACCGCGAUUUUGUGCGCCUCCGCUUGCAUUGUCGGGCUGGUGUUCACCACGCGCGCUGGACAAUACUGGGUCUCAAUGUUCGAUCAUUUCGCCGGAUCCUAUGCGUUAAUGCUGGUGGCCUUCUUCGAGAUCUUUGCCGUCAUCUACGUCUAUGGAUUUAGACGCUUCUGCAGGGACUUGGAAUUCAUGACCGGCGAAACAAUCGGGCAGUAUUGGAUUUUCACCUGGAGAUUUGUGUCGCCCACCAUCAUGAUCAUCUUGUUUGUGUGCUCGGUCAUCAAGAGUUUUGCGCAUGUCCCUCAAUACUCGGCGUACGAUUCGGUUAUGGUGAGUUUUGGAGGCAUAAAAUUUCAGACAUUAUGUGAAUGAAAUUCACCAAAAAAAAUUGAUUUUUUCUCUAUUUUGGGAUAGAAUUUUGAUGUUUUAUGAAUAGCCAUAUAAUUGUCGAUUUUCCCAGAUAUUGCAAAUUGAUUGUAUGGGCUUUUACAGCGAGAAAUUUUUGGAUUUUUAGCCGAAACUUUUCAAAAAAUCAUGUUUUUCCCCCUUUUUCCAAAAAAGAAACUUUGAUUUUACUAUUUCAAAGCGAGUACUACUAGUUUUACAAUAUAAAAAUUUUGUGUUACAAUCUGUACUUCACGAAAACUAGCUUACGACUCUCAUUUCUAUGCUAUUCCAGGCCCACCAACACAACGUUGACUACCCGAAAUGGGCUCUUUUCAUCGCUUUUGGCAUGGUCGCCUUUGCUAUUGCCCCCGUUCCAUUGGUCCUCUUCGUGCGGCACUUCAAGAUCGUCAAGAUGGAAGGCGAUAUCCCGGUGGUAAGUGUUGUCGGUUUGCCGAGUUUCCCAUGAUAUUGUAAUUGAUGACAAAAAAGGACAAGUUUCUUUUCAAAAAAUCUUGUUUUUCAAAUUUUUGAUUUGUGCAAAACUUGUACUCAGGCUUUGUUGUAAUAAUUAAGAGUGUUUAUAUUCAAUAAUUUAUGGGAGAAAAAGCUAUCACGUGUUUUAAAUCUUAUCUUUUUUGGGAUAAAUUAUAUUGUAGUAGGGACAGAGGUAUGUAAAUGUUGUGCCCUAACCAUUCCGCUAUUCCUUGGUUGUUCACUGUCCUGCAUAUUCAAUGAACCCCCAGAUACUGUAAUUUACAGCAUCUAGGCUACUGUAGAACACACUUUUCACAGGGUUUUGUGAGCCUUUCCGGAGGUCCUAUUCCAGUAGACUCCCGUGUAUGGUCCUGUGGCUCGCCUCAUGUAUCUAUUAUACUGUAUUUCUCGAGACGUUCUCUGUGUGUUGUUUUGGUGGUAAUUCGAGCUUCGAGUACAGUAUAACAGAACAUUUUACAGGACCCGGAUAUGCCCGACAGGUUUUGGAACACUGAAAAGGUUUGUGGAGGGAUGGUCCUGGAGGGUAAAAUAGAUGUAAAAUACGGGGUCUUUAACGCAGUCAUGCAAAAAAUAGAUGCUUAUGUUAGGAAUAGAAAAUUUAUUUUUUUUGCUAGUGACUACGUGACAGGGAUGCCCUAAAUUCGAUACAAAACAUCUCGUUUCGAUACGAAACAUCUUGUUACCCCGAACUCUUUUGUUUUUAUUUUUGCACAAGGAAAUUCACUUUAAUUUUUUUCUCACUGUGCACAAACAUGAACAUUCCCACUGCACUGUGCACAAAAAUAAUUUUUCUUGCACUGUGCAGAACAAAAUUUCCGAUUUUUGGCAUGCACCGUGCAGUCGAAAAUACAGUGCAAAAUUUAAGUCGCACGGUGCAAAAAUUCAAAAAUGAAAAACUUUUUUGCAAAUUUCCAAAAAUCAUCAAAAUGUUUGAACUUGAAUUUCUACCGCUUUUAAAGCCGCUUUUAUCUCCAAAAUCGACAUUUCUUGCCUUCAAAAUUCAUAAUCAUCCUUUUUUUCAGGCCGCCAAAUGUCUCGGAACAAGUGCCUCCACCACUUACAUGUUGCGAAGUCAGCAAUCUUUCAAUCGGAUGGCCGAGUCAAACGCAAGUGAGUUGCCAACCGUCGGGAAGACCCAGAAUGGAACGACGAAACCCUAUACGAAUGGCAACCGACUGGCGGUGGAGCCGCAGGCGAAUGGCUCCAAAUAA